AAUAACCCUCGGUGGUAAUUCCGUAAAAAAAGCAAAAGAUCAAGGGCAGUUGCUGAAAUCCAAAUGUAAUAAAUGGCGAAAAAUCUGCCUAUCAUCCUCCUCUGAUUUGCAUUUCCGGUCACCAGUGGCGGAGGAGUGAGGUGAUUUCGGCAUGGAGAGUCUUAACAGCUUUUGGCAGUUAGGCGAAGAGCUCCGUGGACAGUCGAAAGUCUCAGAGGAUUACAAAUGGUUUGAGGCUGCUUCUAAAUUGGCUGAGCAGACCAGGUCAAAGCCUGAACGGAAAAUCAAUUUAGAUAUCUCGAAGGGUUCAACUGAAUUUAGGCCCAGGGAUAAUUAUGUAUUUCAAGAAGACAACAAAUUUGAAAAUAUUAACUUUGGCAUGUUAAACUUGGGGACGAGGUUCAAUGAGAAUGUGACGAAAAGUUCCAAUUCCAAUGGUAUAUAUAAUAUGAAUGGUGUUUAUCAGAACCCAAAUGUCAGUACUUUAGGAACUAUUCCUGGAAGCAAAUAUAUCAAUAUCAACCUCAUAAAGGAGCCUAAUGUUGGCCACAACUAUACUAAUAAGGAGGACAGCGCAAAUGCAAAUAAUGCAAUCGACAAAAGGUUUAAGACCUUACCAGCUGCUGAGACACUCCCAAGGAAUGAAAUUCUUGGUGGAUAUAUCUUCGUGUGCAACAAUGACACAAUGCAGGAGGAUUUGAAGAGACAACUGUUCGGUUUGCCACCAAGAUACAGAGAUUCUGUGAGGGCAAUAACACCAGGUUUGCCUCUAUUCCUCUACAACUACACCACUCACCAGUUGCAUGGUAUCUUUGAGGCAACUACCUUUGGAGGCUCCAACAUUGAUCCUACUGCUUGGGAAGAUAAAAAGUGCAAAGGCGAAUCGAGGUUCCCUGCCCAGGUAAGAAUUCGUGUUAGGAAACUCUGCAAGCCUCUGGAAGAGGACUCGUUUAGGCCAGUCUUGCAUCACUAUGAUGGCCCUAAGUUCCGUCUUGAACUCUCUAUUCCUGAGACUUUGGACUUGCUAGAUCUUUGCGAAAAAGCUGGUUUGCAGGAUUCCAUUGCUGACAUUAAUCUCAGCCCAGCUUAAAAUAUAAAUGCUGUAACUGGAGUGUAUGCAUGCUCGUGUAGCCUAUCUGGUGAAGUCGGUUUUACUGUUUUUUACAGAAUUUCCAUGUGGCUUAAGAUUUUGGGUGGGCAAAAUCUGGUUGUAUGCCUCAAAUGGUUGUACGGAUUGGCUUUUGUCCAGUUUCCAAAUAAAUGAUGGUGUAAUGGUGUCAAGUGAAGAUGCAAGUAGCUUUAACUUUUAAAUGCCCCUUGUAAGUUUGUAAUUUAUCUGUAUGAACAACUUGCAAGUAAAAUGGAGGCUUUGAGUGUGGUGAUGGCCUUUAUAUCUUAAUAACAGACUGUGUUACUAUGUUGUGUAAUAAAAUAUUCUGUCAUUUUGGCGGUGGUUCUCUCCUCUCUAUCUAAUGAGAAAAUUGGAGAAGCACUUUGUGAGGUUUGUGGUAUCAAAACGAAGAUCAUUAUCUUAUGAUUGUGAAGGGGAAGUAACCAAGGAUUAGAUCCAAG